GGGUUUGGGGGAGGGAACUGUACAGGACGUAUCGCGGGCGUGUUGGUAUGUGAAGGCUCAAGUGACGUUUGAUAUACAAAACAAGAUUAUUCACGUUGAAAUUGAGUACAAGUGUAGAGUUUUUGUUGCUCUCUGGUGGUGUUUUGUGAAAAUCCUGAAUGAGCACAAGAAGGAGGUGAACUAAGUCAUCUUUACCUGUAUUUUUACCUCAUUAGCUCCUCUCAGGUGUGUUGGAAUGCACCUGGUGAGGACAAGGAUGUUGAGGUGCGACUAGGCGGGGUACUGUGACUCAUAGUGUUUGGUCGAUGGUGUGUGUAGGGUGAAGUGUGUGCGCGCGCCAGUACACCUCACAGAGCGACCCUCACAGACUCAUAACACAGGGUCACGACACCACUGACUGAGAGAGUACAAGAGGUGGGUCAGGUGAUGGUGGGUUGAGGCUCAAGGACGUCCGCCAGAACCUGUGGUGGUGACGGUGCUAGUGCUGCAGCUGUGAACAACCUCGAAGAAGCUCCCAAACUUGUCUGCCACCUUCACUAGUAGACUUGCAGUAGGAGGGUGGUGGUGAUCACGUGAUGGCCCCCAGCCGCGCCCAUAGGAGAUUCUGGUAGUUACCUCAACACACACCAAGAUGCCGGGGAAUGUGCGAUAUGGGGGGCAGAAUCCUCCACACCCAACCCCCACACGCGCUAUGUCACUCGACUCCCUGCACGACAAGAAUGCAAAUUUGGACUCGAAGGCCCAUGAAUACAUCCCCUCAAGGAUCACCCGUACGACCCCGAAGAUCAACGAGGCAGCUAUGCAGUUUGUGAAGACAGGGCCAGCUGUGUUAUACAAGUCAGCAACUGAGCAGAUCAAGAAGGCAGAGGCAGUGAAAGCAAUGCGACAACACCUGAUCGCUGAGGAGGCAGACUGGCAAGAGCAGCCCUCCUCCUCCUCCUCCUCCUCCAAGAACCCGUAUGAUGAAGGCUCAGACUGGCAGUCGAACCUAGAUAAAUGGAAGAGUUCUCGUCGGAAACGCAACGAGGAAGCUUUGGAAAGGGUGAUUGAGAUCAAGAAGAAUGAGCAGGAGGAGGAGUUGAUCCGCACUCGUCGUAAGAGCAAAACUUUCAGUGAAAUACAGGGAGAUAAGAGCAAGAGAGGGCGGAGAUAUAACCUAGUUGUCCACAACGAUGAUGAUAAUAAUGACCUGAGUGGCCUUGGGUUGUCCUCAGCCAAGAGUACAAGCUCUCUAAGUGACGCACACGAAGAGAAUGAUGUUAAAGACUUGGAUCAGGACAACAAAGAUGCCAAGAGUGAUGCUGGCUUCUGCACAGGGUCAGACACUGGCAGUGAUGGUGUUUUUGCUGAAGAUAAUAUUAGUGACACAUCUUCAGCUCUGGGGGACAAGAAAGAGGCACAUGAUUCACUUUUGGAUACUGGAGUGUCAAAAGAGGAAGAAACCCACAUUAAUGGUCAUGGAUCGAGCCUGAUAACUGAAGUGUUUCAUUCAACCUCCACAAGUGUUCAUACAGAUGAAUAUACAUAUGACAAAGCUAUAGCUGGUUACAAGCAAUAUGCAGAAAACAGUGCCAAGAAAAGAACUUCAAGCAUCACCAGUUUGAAUAGCAAUACAAGCUAUACCAAGGAGGAAGACAGGAAAAAUGAAAAACCUCGCUUGAAUGGCCGUUCACCAAGUCCUAGUAAAAGCAACAAAGUGGAGGAGAAACUCAACUUCUUUUCAAAGGAGAGGGAGAAAGACUUUAGAAUAAGUCCUGAACCUAGAGUUAUCAUGAGAGAAAAGUCACCUAAAGUAGAUGUUGGCAAGAGAAGGUCAAUGUUUGAAAUACGUGAUCCAACACCUAUUCAAAAUGAGAGGGAGCAGAAGCUAGCUUACAGACGAUCUCUUGAAGUAUCAAACUCAUUACGAAACAAAGUAGCAUCUUUUGAAAAUCUUGAAAGCGAGACCCCCAAAAUACGUGGUGUUACCCCAACUCGUGAUACAAACCUUCGAAGUAAGGUUGCAUCAUUUGAGAAUCUUGAUAUAGAAAGCACAAAAGUGCAUAGUAUAACUCCAACUAGAGAUGCAAAGUUCCAGGAGAAACGAGCAACAUUUGCCACAAAAGAUUAUGAGUCACAGCCAGUAAGGAAGAAGACACCUGAAAGAGACAUUAAUUUCCACAAAAAGCUUGCCUCAUUUAAUAGUAUUGAAAAUGGAGAUGAGGAAAAGGUACGAGAGCGCAAGACCAUUCCUCAGGGAGAUCCAACUCUGAAGAACAAAAUUGCAUCUUUUGAGCAACUGGAACAGUUGGCAGAUCUUCACACUCCAAGUCAUCAGGAAGAAAUGCUUCAGAGCAGAGACAGAUCAGUCAGUCUGGAACGUUUAGAUCAGCCACAAGUAAAGGAGGUAAAGAUGCGACCAACACGUUCUAUGAUGAACAUCCUGAGGCGUACUCCAUCAACCCCUUAUAUGGUGGUGGAUCUUGAGGGUUCUAGGGUGGAAGAAAAAUGUGUAAUGCAAAGAAAGUCCAUGGUGAAUGCCCAAGUGUUUGAAAUUGCUUCCAAACUUGAGGAGACUCCUCUCUUAGGUUCUCCCAUCCAAAUGGCUCCCAUAGAUCCCUUGCCUGUUUACCAAACCCAUGAAGAUGAUUCACUUGAGGCAACUAAACCCUACACUGAUGAUGAUAUUAAUGAGGUUAUCUGUGAUUAUGAACAAGUUGGAGGAUCAUAUGAAGAUUCAUCUGCCUGUGCUGAAAAUAUCUAUGAAAAUAUCACUGAAGAACCAAUGUAUGAAAAUAUUUAUGAGAAGGUUGAUGACGACCACAAUGAAAGCAAAGACUCUGUUGACCACCACUACCAGACCCUGGAGGAGGUAAGGGAGGAGGUACAGGUCAACACUGAACAUGCCAGACUUCCACCGUCUCCUGUGACAACAAUACCCACCAGUCCUCUUGUUCUUGACUCUCCUGAGGUGCUAGACGUGACGUGGACGGACGGCCCCUCCCAGGCGGCCCCACCUUCGGAGCCCCCUCCCCCCCCUCCCCCUGAUGACGAUUCUGACAUCGAUGCAUCAGAUCAGCCACAAAGUCUUCCAACUGAGGAGGAGGAGGCCUUCACCCGAGUAAAUUCAACUCGUCGUCUCAAGAAGGAGCUAUGGAGGCGUAGAUCAGACUUCUUGGGCACCUCAUCACAGUAUAUUGAAGAAGCAGAAAACACGGUCAAGCCUCCCCCAGACCUCAGUCAUUUCCUGAGGCAGGAGCGAGAGGCAGAACGUGGUCUGCUGGAGUCCCAAGUGUCCAAGUCUUCCCCUCUGGAGUUACUGAGUGAAGCAGAGAUUACUCGCCGUGAGCGUGAAAUAAUUGAAAACCUUGAGCGAUCAGAGCAACUACAACAGCAACAGUAUAUAUGGGAAGAUCACAGGCAAGAUGAUGGACAAACUCUAGAGAAGAAUGAGAUUGAUGAACACAUGCAGUAUCAAGAGGCCAAGAACCUACAAACAUCCUCUGAAUCGGACAGAAACCCUGUGGUUCCUAUGAUGGUUCCUGUGACCUCAACUAACAUAUAUGAGAGCUCUGAGUCUGUCUCUAAGACCACAGAUUCAAAGUAUAUUCUAAUGAAUUCUGAUAAUAUUGACUCUGCUUGUGCUGUUCUAAAAUCUGUUAUUAAUACUGAAAAUGCACAUGCUGAAGUUGUUAAAAGUCAUGUAGUCAAGGCUGAGACCUUUAUGGACACACCAUCUAUAUCACCAUAUGGGAUUGAACCACAGACAUCAGUUGAAACAGAGCAUCAGCUCCCUUCUGAACCUAGACAACAGUACCCUGAUCAUUUGAUGGCCCACAUCGGUACUCUGGACUACAGUAGCGACUCUGUAGCAUCAACCAGUUCACAUCCUGAAGAAUAUAAGAAACUGGCUGAACUUGAAGAGGAAAUGAUGCGACAUGACAAGGAUAUGUUGCGACGUACUGGCCAACUACAGGCUGGUCCAGCAGCUGUUUCAGAUUCCCAGCCAACCCAUAUCCCUCCUCCUACUCCCUAUGCCAGUCAUGAAGAAUCAGCAGUACCUUUACACCAAAUUUCUCCAAGCAUUGAAAACAGUAGUUACAACUUCCAACCUCAGUCUUCAUCGCAUCUUCCCAUUCAAGAGUUUUAUACGGCUCCCACAUAUGACUCAACUCCUCCUGCCAGUUUAGUGCAAGCUGAAGGAAUCACUGGCUAUAGACCCCAAGGACACAAGACUGUGACACUUCCAUCUGGAUCCCCAUCGCAGUAUAGCACCCUAGCAUCCCCUCACCCCUUUUCUCGAUCAAAUUCCCAGUCCACUAUUGAGGCACCUAAACAUACACCAGUACAUGCAGUGAGAUCAACACCAUUAGCCUCUCCAAGAGAAUCAAUCCCAGAACCUCUUCCAAGGAAAAACAAAGUGCCACCUCCAGCUCCAAAUAAAUCUCAAAAAAUAAACAGUGACCUUAACACUACAGAGCGUCAUGAAGCAAUAAGGUCGAGUCGCAUGCCCACCAGUGAAUCAUUGAUGGCUGAAACUGAGCAGCCAGAGUCCCAGGGGCCUUCUGUAUCACCAUCUGGUCAACAAAUGUCCAAGCAGACCCUUCUGGCACUAUCAGCAAUUCCCAAGCCUCGACUCACAGAUAAUGAAAGCUGGAUUACUAAAAAGAAACCAGAUGCACAAAAGAGAGAUUACAGCAAACAUUGGCUCCAUCAGGAGGCAGAGCAAAGAAGACUGGAACAAAUGGACAGAAUUUCCCGUCAAAAAGUUCCAGUUUCUCAGCCACAGUUGAAGUCUCCACAAAAUGUGUCACCACAACACACACCACAACAUUCGUCUCCUUCACAAACCACAAGUUAUCUUCCUACACAAAAUACACCCAGUUACCCUCCUCAAAAUACAACACCUACAUACUCCAGCUACCCUCAAGCUCUUAAAAAUCCUUCACCAAGUCAUAAUUGUAAUAAUAAUAAUAACAAUAACAAUGCUAGCUGGAGAAAUCAGGCCACCACAUAUCAACCUCACAUGCCCUCACCAGCACCCAAUGGUGACAAAGCUCUACCUGAUUCUAUUAUUCACAACCUAACCCAGAGAGUUAAUAACAAAAACAACAAGAAUACUUACAGUAACACCAGUGGGAGAUUGGGAAAUAACUAUGGUAACAAUUUCCGUGAUGAAAACUAUCACGAUUACAUGAAUGCAGAUGCCUUAAGUGCUUCCCACACACAUGCUCCACUGUACCAGUCUGGCAUGGGUCCUGGUCAGCCAUCACCUCCUUCUUCUCAGCAAGAUGUUAACUCUGCACAGGAUCAGAGACUGCUCAGUGUCUCAGGAAAGAAGAAGUGUUCACACUGUUCAGAAGAGCUAGGGCGUGGAGCUGCCAUGAUAAUUGAAAGUUUGAGGUUGUUCUACCACAUCCCUUGCUUCAAGUGCUGUGUGUGUGGUAUACAACUUGGUAAUGGGUCAGCGGGUGCUGAUGUGCGAGUGCGUAAUCAUAAGUUGCACUGCCAUAACUGCUACUCUAAUGAUGAAGGGAUGAAGUUCAGCAAAGUAUAGCAUCUGUAUGUUAAAAAGAAGAAAUGUUUAGUUGUCUCUGGUGCCAAAAUCUUGAGGCAUGUCACGAGUACUUUACCACAAGAGACAUGUCACAAUGAGUAAUGUGUAUUUUAUACUAUAUAAAGUUUUGUUUUGUGUGUAUUAUAACUUACAAUGAAUCAUAGUUGUAGCAACAGUAUAUAAAUAUUUUUCGUUUAUUUUAUUGUUUGCUAAUACAAUACUUGUAUGUAAUUUUUGUUGAGUCUGGCAGUACCAGUAUGUAUAAUUGUUUACUGACAACAGACAUGUGUGGAAGUGUACAAUAAUGGUGGACAUUUUUGUAGUUUAUUUGAAGACUUAGUAAGAUCUAGUAGGAAAUAGAUCUUGUAAAAGUUUUAAUAAGCUUUUUGUUGGUACAUAGCUAUAUGUAGGCAGCUAGAAAUUCUACUUAAUUUAUGUAUAAAAAAUUUGCACAAUCAAAUAUGAUAAAACAUCAAUAAGUUGUACAUUAUAUAUUGUAAAUAAUAGUCUAGGUAUAAAACAAGUCAUUAUAAGUAGGAUAAAGUAACAAGGUGACUUUUUUUUUACAAAUAAAUGAUUUAACUGAAGGGUUCUUUAUAAAUGAAUCUUGUAUAUUGAUUUAAUAUAAUCUUGUAAGUAAAACAAGUACUUUUCACUGAA